UGGAUUGUCAUUCAGCAGAGGGUUGAUGGCUCCCUGAGUUUCAAUCAAUCCUGGAAUGCGUACAAGACAGGAUUUGGAACUCACUAUAAAAACUUCUGGUUGGGCCUGGAGAAGAUGCACCAAUUAACGACAUCGGCUGAUUACAGCUUGAGAUUCGAAGUUCUAAUCAAUGGAGUUUGGUACUCUGAUGAAUACGAUCAUUUCAAGAUAAAUUCCGAACCUGAAAAAUAUUCUCUCAACGUAUCUGGAUACAGCGGAAGUAAGGAUGACAUUCUGAACUAUCAAACUGCCUACUUCCACAACGGCAUGAAGUUCUCCACACCCGACCAGGAUAACGACCAAUAUGUCAACCACAGUUGUGCUUUGAAGUAUUCAUCAGGCAAUUGGUUCAACAAGUGCUAUUAUCAAAACCUAAAUGGUCCGUACGGUUCC